UUUUAGGACAGAAGAAAUGAGCAGACGGCAUGUGACACAUCGAACAGAAGAGUCGUAGCAGACGACAUAAUGCUGCUGCCGCGGUCACCAUGGAAACCGCGAACGUGGACAAUGUGUUUAAUCAAACACCAUGGGAGGAAUACCUUUCAGCAAGACGCAAUGCUUUCCACCUCAAAAAGAUUUACAGUGCAAAAGCAACUGUGGAUACCAAUCUUCCAAAGCACAACUCAAGCUAUCUUUCUCGGGUGAGAGGAGCUAACACUGGUCAUGCAGUACAAACUAACUCCCCGGUAGCCAUGCAAUUUCCUGAUAGAUCGCGGCAGGUGUCACAUCAUCAAGAUGAACUUCAACCUUCCAUAGUUGCCACAAAAAUCACUCUCUACCUACAAGCCCUUAAUAAGGAUGCAUGCAGUGAUAUGACCACGGAUGCGCAUUUGCCACCACAGAGUCACGGCAAAGAUGAGGAUGCACCAUCAAAAGUGAUGCAGAAGAAACAAAUCUUUACUCAACACUACCCGCAAAUUCUGGCAAAAUCGAAUGCCAAGUCAAAAAUCGCAUCCAUGAACUGGUGCUACAAUGGCCCACGCAGGAAGACACGGCAGGUUGUUGUCAGUAUUUCAUACAAAGUAUUCCUCACCCAGAGAAGUACACACAAUUUUCCUUUCAUGCAGGAAGCUAAAAGAAAGAAAGAUGCAAACUUCGUUAUUGUAACCACGCAAGACGCUACCUUGAAGAGAGAUGAGUGGCUCAUUGACCAAGCUGAACGUGCCGAGAGGAGGGCUGGCACAGCACUCAGUGUGGCAUGCCACACACCAAGUGGUGACUCGGCCUUCAACGAAAGCGUUGUGGAAAGUGGCCACCCCUUCACAGUUGAGGAGCGUCGUUACUUCAAAUUUCUGUCCGACAUCACGGAGGAGAUACUUGGUCUAGGAAUAUACUCGAGCAACAUCAUACGUAGGGUGUGCCAGGAGAACAUAGAGAGAAACAAGGCGAGCCUUGACAAGGACAUACUCCAAGACCUUGCUGACGAACUUCUUCGAGACAUUGGCAUUGACAGCACAGCGGAGGAAGACCCUGAUUCCAACACACCCUGAGGUAAUGUGCAGUGAAGGAAGUUCCCGACAAACUCGAGUUUAUAUGCGAGCUCCGAUGUGUGCGCACCAGCAUAUAUUCGCACAAUUUUGCUAUUUGCUCUAUAAAUAAUUCUGUUUUACAGCAACUGCCAAAAUUUACAUUUUUAUAGCAUCUACAGGUUGUGACAGUUAGUCAAAGUCAAAGGACACUCAAGAGGAUAUUGUGGGAAAGACAAAAGAAACAAAGUUCCACUAGGAGAGUGCACGAGAAAAUAAAGUUCUUUUUCAGUUGUCUCUGACCUGCAGCUUGUGCUCCGAUCCUGCUCUGUUUACUCACUAACGAAAGUAGUAAAAGCCUUAGUAAAGAAGUAAAAAGUAAAGUAAGUAAAAGUUACAGUUAAAGUACAACGCAUAGUUAGAGCCUGAAAUUUUGGGGGAAGUAUUUUUUUUCCCAAUUGGGGGACUAAAACUCGGGGAAAAUCAACGUGUGCUCUAAAUUCAUGCGAAUUCGGGUGGAAAAACUGAGUGUGCUAAAUUCGGGGAGAAAUCGCACUGUAAUACUCAAACGAACUGUACUGGUUUAUUACAAACGUUGAUGUAAUUGUGUUUGCUGCCAAACAAGCUAGUGUGCAUUCCUACAGAUGUUUCAGUGAGGGCAAUUUGCCGGGUAAAAAUCGGGUUUCACCCUAAAGAGGCAACCUUCAAUUCGGGGUGCAAAUUUGGGGAAGAAUCGGGUGAAGAAAGACUUCCAUAUGGGGUGCGAAUGGGUUAAACCCUAAAACUUCAGGCUCUACUCAUAGUCAGAGAUAGAUCAAAAGCCAGGAGACAUAUUCCUGUACUGUAUUCCAUACAAGUGCUUGACAAUGUUUUGAUGCUACACAACCAUCACCAUCAGCACACAAACAAAAUGUUGUCCGAGCCUAUGUGUGGACCUGGACAGCCUGGAACAGUCGUUUCGCCACUGUGCCACGACUCGGGCUAUGACAGGUCAUACUAACUCUUCCUCUCUGUGAAUUUUUGAACUGGGCAUACUUCACGCUUUUUCUGGUGAACCGACGGACAGAUUAGCAUAUAAAUGGUUCUACUGCAAAAAGGCCAACAAGGUACAUUGUUUAUCUUCGCGGCAAGCAAGUAAACACUGAAAGAGUACACGCUCUUUCUUUUACCACUGCUCCUUGAGAGACGAUUUCAGGAAAGGACAUCUUUGCAAAAUGUUAUGUGAGCCACACUCAGUGCAAAAAUGUUUCAGUGUAUAAAGUCCACACCAAAAUUGCAUCUCUGUCUGUUUGUUUUGCCCAAGACCACAAAAUAUGAGGGCAUGUACACAUUGACUGAUUGACGAAGGCAUGUACACAGAUAGUCAAAGCACUCGAGCUGUGUUGCCAGCUUGUGGCACUGAAACUCUGAGAGCUUGCAAAACCUCACGGUCGAAAGCCUACUGCCAGACCGAUUUCGUCUCGGUUGUGUGAAACAUUAAACAAAGAGACUGUGUGGGCUGGUUGAUAUAUCAUACUUGGUAAAAUCUUUAAAAAGAACCCAGUGCCGGGGAACAUUAAAAGGGCAGAACGAUAAAACAAACGACACAACACAGCACUGCAUUUUAUCGUUCUGUCCUUUUCAUGUUCCCCGGCACUGGUUUUUUUUUUAAAGAUUUUACCAAGUUGUGUGAAAAUAGACGAUUUCAGAAAUUGCAUGGAUGGCCCACCAGGGAGCGCAGUGUUGCGAAAGCCCCGCUGCACCUUGGGAUUUAGUUUUCAUGAGUCAGAGAGAAGAAGAGGAGCGCAAACGGUUUCGGUUUUCUCUCUCCUUCACCUCCCGCACCUUCGAGCAACAGGCAGACGAGCACGAAUGUAAACCAUUUCCCACGACGCAUUGCGCGAUGCGCGUGACUUGGGCGACGGAGGGCCCCCGUGCGGAGCACAAGGGCAAUAUCUGAAAUCGCCUAUUGCAACACCACAAACACUUCUCUCUGAAUGUCUAUAACAACGUUGUAGCAUUGCAAGGAUUGCUCUAAGAUGGCCUGCUCAUUUAAUCUGCACAGUAAUACUUUGAAUAUCUUCCGCAUAGUUCCCGCGAAUAUGUACUUUGUUGGAGAUUUGUUUUGUUACUUGCAAAUAAAAAGCAACUCAGAAGGUAUAUCAUGGUGCUUC